AUGGCUUGGCUGUGUGGCAGGUACUCCGCCUUCCUGCAGGAAGCAGAUGCCGUUGCGGCUUCGCUGGAGACCAAUGUGACCACCUUCUCCAAAACUCUGCAAAAUACCAGGCUCAGCCGAGCUCAGAGCCUCUCGGGAGAUUCCGAGCUGCAUGCUCCGUUGUCUCCGGUACUGCUACGACUUUUCCGACUCCUACUGCAGCUUGAGCGGCAUUCACCUUCCCGCUUCUCUACCGCCCUGUCCAGCAUGAGGUAUUUUCGAUUUCGAUUUCCUCGCUUCGCUGCUGAUGCCGUCAAUCCGAUGCGCCGAGCGCUGGCAGCUGCGCGGGGCGAGUUCCAUUCCAGCCUGGAGGACUGGUCAGCGCAGGUCCAGGCGCAGGCCCUCCAGCGCUCUAACCUGGAGAGUGCCGCUUUGCAAGCACGGAAGGCCAGCUUCCGUUGGGACCAGCGCUUCAACCCGCUCAGCUCCCUGAAGGGGGAAGCUCAGGAAGCGAAGGACAUGGAGGAGCUGGUGAAGCAAAGCGGAAUCCGGCUGGAGAUCAGACUCCAGGGGCUGCAGCGCGACCUCGCCCUCCUGAAGCAGAACCUCGUGUCCCUGGAUCUCCCGCCCCUGCUGAUGCGGACGGGUGAGCCGGAACUGCUCAACGGAGAGGUGCUGGGCACGGUGACGGCUGCCAUUGGGCAGUGGUCGGGUUUCAGCUUCAAUUUCUCCGCCAUCGCGGAGGGCAGAUGCAAGGAGGAGUGCAGUUCCUUUGCCCAAGCCGGCUGCCUGCUGCAGCAGAGAGCGCAGCAGCUCGGCGCCGACGCGGUGGUGGGUGUUCGCUGGCUGCAGUGUGACUCCUUCCAGAUCAAGGAGGAGAAGAAGGAGAACGGGCCAACGACCUACCGUCGCGUGCAGCGGCACAAGACCACUGAGGCGAUGCUUUGUGGAACCGCCGUGCGGACGCUGCCAGAGAAGGAGGUUGGAUCCGAUCUUCUGCCUUACACCGGGCCGCUGUUUGCCUCGACCGUGCGCGAGCCUCCGCAUGGCACCCGAGUGGAAGAGACGCUCGGAAUUGUCCAAGGGGUUGGCGCCAAUGCCAACUGGAGCUUGGGUGUGACCGACCUGGCCAAUCGCGAGGCCGCUGCCUUCCAGCAAGCAAGGCAGCGGCUCCUUCAGGCCGCUGCCGCGCUCGGCGCCAACGCAGUGCUAGGCGUGAAACCGGAGGAGCCAUUUCAGGCAAUGUGCGUGCUCCGUGGCACGGCUGUUCGCCUGGCCAUGGAGGCUGACGUGAAUCCGCUGGAGGUGCUUCCAGUCUGCCUGCCACCCUCGACCCUCCAGGCGCCUCCAGCUUCGAUGCAGGUGGGCGAGGUCAAAGGCCUCGUCUGUUGCAUCGCUGCGCGGCCCGUCCGGUGGUUCACCUGGGAGGAUCCCUCCGAGACCGAGGCGCAAACCUUCGGUGAGGCCGUGCGUGGAUUGAUGGCACAGGCCCAGGCCAUGGGAGCGAAUGGAGUCCUGGGCGUGAAAUGGAUGCACGACGACAAUCGAUUUGUCUCCCAAGCGGUGGGCACUGCGGUUGUUCUUGGCAAGGAGCCCGGCAGCAGGAUCUUCGCCGAGCUUCCGCCUCCGGUGCCGGCCGUGUGCUCCACGCUGCGGAGCGCUCCUGAAGGCUUCGCCAUCUCUUCGGUGUUGGGCGUCGUGGCCGCGGCUGCCCUGAGUCCGUACCGCGACUACGGCCGUGGGGGUUACUCGCGGUUGAACCAGAGGACUGCCAUGGGUGAGCUGGCUGCCCUUCAGCAGGCGAUGGCCAAACUGCAGGCUGCCGCCAGCUCCUUGGGAGCCCAUGGCGUCCUGGGUGUGAAGAUCGAGGCCCUGAGCGUUUCGAACUGCUCCCGUUUCAUGUGUGUGCUGAAGGGCACCGCUGUCCGCCUCUCGCAGUUCCAGGAGGCGGUGGAUCAAAUCCCGUAUCAUCACUCCCGGGUCGAGGUGUCGGCGAUGCAAAGUCCGGCGAAGCACCUCUGCGUCUCAUCAGUGCUUGGACUGGUGUGCAGUGUGGGCUACAGGCAGUGGAGAUGGGCAGGCUUCGGCGUGCUUGCCAACAAGCGACGAGAUGCCGAGGGUGAGCAGGAGACCUUCUCCACUGCUGUGAACAGCCUGAUAGUACAGGCGCAGCAGAUGGGUGCCAACGGGGUCAUGGGCAUCAAGUGGACACAUGAUGACGACCACCGAAGCAGCUGCCUCGUCGGCACCGCCGUCGUCUUGUCCCAGAAGCCAGGAGCCCCUCCUCCCUCGAGUCUCGGCUCGGGCCGCGGCUUCUUCCUCUCGAACUCUCGGGCACCACCCGCAG